UCAAAAUCAUGGAUUCACCUUUCUGUGGAUAUCCCAAUUUCAACGAUCAAACCCUUUUACUCGAUAUGUUGAACGAGUACCCAAGUGUUGACCCUUUUGAUCAUCUUAGCUUUUUGGACCCAAACCCCAUGAACUCUGCUCUGUCUUCGAGCUUUAGCCCUGUAGGAGAUGAUGGUGAGUUUUCUAACACUGUGAUCAAGCACAUAAAUCAGGUGCUUAUGGAGGAGGACAUGGAGCCAACACCAUGUCUGUUCCCUGAUCCUUUGGUUCUUCAAGCCACUGAGGAGUCUCUUUGUGAGAUUACUGGAGCAAGGAAGUUCUCAACUUCCCUAGACCAAAACCCUCUUUGGGUUGAUCAAAAUGAGUAUGGAAAUGGAAAUGGGAUGGUGGGUUCUUAUAGGAGUGAGCUUAUGGUUCCUGAUGAGGUUAGUAAGAAGGAAUUGUUAGUGCAAUUUGACCGAGGGGCAGAGGACGGUAGUAAGUUUCUUCCUAGAGGUCAGUUGAUUACAGCGGAGGGCAACAAGCCGUAUACUGUGGCGAAUAGCAAGGCAGGAAAUGUGGUUGUUAGGACCCAGAAGAAUGGAAGUGAGCAUGUCCGUGUUGGUUCAAGAGGAAAGAAUAGUCAUCUGAGGGAGGAGAUAGAGUUGGAGGAUGGGAGGAAUAAAGAGGAUCAAGUCUGUCAGAAUGGAGCUAACAAUGGCCUGCAGCAGGAUGUGCUAGUCAGUCAGAAGGCUUGUGGCAUGAAACGAGGCAACAAGAAGGAAGUGAUAGAUUUGAGGUGUCUUCUGAUUUCAUGUGCAGAAGCUGUUGCUGUUGAUGAUCGAGGGACUGCUAGUGAGCUACUAAAGCAAAUUAGGCAGCACUCUUCCCCAUUUGGUGAUUAUACUCAGAGGUUGUCUCAUUGCUUUGUAAAUGCUCUUGAAGUGCGGUUGGCUGGCACUGGAAGUGAACUAUAUACUACUUUGGCUACUAAACGAGCAUCACCUGCAGAUUUUUCAAAGUUUUACCGAGCUCUUAUUGCAGUCUGCCCGUUCCUGAAGAUGUUGAUGAUCUUUGCAAACCAAAUGAUUAUAAAAGCUGCUGAGAAAGCAGAAACACUUCAUAUAAUAGAUUUUGGUAUCCGGCAAGGUUUUCAAUGGCCUGCUCUCAUUCAUUGCCUCUCAAGAAGACCUGGUGGACCUCCCAAAUUACGCAUUACAGGGUUAGAGCUUACCUUAAGUGGUUGUCAUCCAGAAGAAACAGUCCAAGAGACAGGGCAUCGCUUGGCAAAUUAUUGUAAGCGAUUUAAUGUCCCUUUUGAGUACCAUGCCAUAGCCAAGAAGUGGGAAACUGUCCAACUUGAUGAAUUGAAAGUUCAAAGAAAUGAGGUUCUUGCCGUUAAUUGUCUCUGUCGAUUUAAGUACCUCCUUGAUGAGACAGUUAUGGUAAAUAGUCCGAGGGAUACUGUUCUAAAUAUAAUUAGAAAGUUGAAUCCUGAUAUUUUUGUCCAAAGUGUUGUUAAUGGAUCCCAUGAUGCACCGUUCUUUGUUCCACGCUUCCGAGAGGCACUAUUCCACUUCUCUGCAUUGUUUGAUAUGUUGGAUACUACUUUGCCUCGUGAAGAUCAGGUGAGAUUGGGGUUUGAAAAAGAGUUUAUUGGACGUGAAGUUAUGAAUAUAGUUGCUUGUGAGGGCAAUAAUAGAAUUGCGAGGCCUGAAACAUAUAAGCAGUGGCAGAUUCGAAACAUGAGGGCUGGUUUUAGACUGCUGCCAUUGGACUAUGAAGUUGUGAACAAAAUAAAGGAUAAGGUAAAAAUGGAGUACCACCCGAAUUUUGUGGUUAAUGAAGAUGGCCACUGGAUGCUGCAUGGUUGGAAGGGUAGAAUGAUGUUUGGUUGUGCCUGUUGGGCGCCAAGUACGACUUGAAAUGCUUGACUGUUAGAAUUUAUUAAAGACGUAGAUGGAAGGGAUCCUAAGUAAUUAGGAUUUGUAUUCUUGUUAUUCUGUUACUGCCUUUUCAUAUUAGGGUAAAUCUUAUCUUACCUUGUUUAGCACUAGAACCCCUAGAAUUGUGGAUCUAUAGCAUAUCUAGAUGUGUAUAUACUGUAACAGUCUGCUGAG